AUGGCACCCAAAACUAGAGCUUCCGCGGCACCUGCUGACAAGCCUGCAGCCAAGGCUGUUGCUGCUCCCAAGCCUACCGCUGUGAAGCGCAAGGCUACUGCCCCUGCUGCCAAGGAGACCCCCGCCAAGAAGGUCGCCGUGACUCCCGCCAAGAAGGAGGCCAAGACUGCCUCUGCCCCCAAGAAGGCUGCCGAGAAGAAGGUCGCUGAGAAGAAGGAGGCCAAGGCUGCUGUUGUUGAGGAGAAGAAGGUUGUUGAGAAGAAGCCCGUCGAGAAGAAGGUCGUCGAGAAGAAGGUCGCCGAGAAGAAGGUUGUUGAGAAGAAGGUCGUCGAGAAGAAGGUCGUCGAGAAGAAGGUCGUCGAGAAGAAACCCGUCGAGAAGAAGGUUGUCGAGAAGAAGGUUGUCGAAAAGAAGGUUGUCGAGAAGAAGACUGCCACUGCACCAGCACCAAAGAAGGCACCCGUCAAGGAGCAGGAGCAGGAGAACGACAACAAUGAGGACGAUGUCGAGGAGGACGAGCAAUUGAUGGACGACAGAGCUCUUCUCAAGGAUAUCGACUCUAGCGCCGACGAGGACAGCUCGGACGAGGAGAAUGAGGAGGACCGGGCAGCCAUGAAGGAGGAUACCUUUGCCGCCAUGAAGGACGAGAUCUCAUUAAACCCCAAGGCUGCCGCCAGCCUCAGGAAAAAGCUCGGAAGCCUCGGCCAGCCCAAGGACAAGAGUGCUACGGGAGUAGUGUAUUUGGGUCGCAUUCCUCACGGAUUCUACGAGGAUCAGAUGAACGCUUACUUUUCACAGUUUGGCAAGGUCCUCCGUCUUCGCUUGUCGCGCAACAAGAAGACUGGCAAGUCCAAGCACUAUGCUUUCAUCGAGUUUGCGUCGCAGGAGGUCGCUGAUAUUGUUGCCGAUACCAUGGACAACUACCUCUUGUUUGGACACCAGCUCAAGUGCAAGGCACUCCAGCCCACUCAGAUCCACCCCGCGAUGUUCUUGGGUGCCAACAAGAAGUUCAAGGCGAUCCCAUGGCAAAAGAUUUCGAAGGAGAAGCACAAUGCCGAAAAGUCUGCUGCACAGAUGAAGCAGGUGACCAAGAAGCUGUUGAAGAACGAGUCUGCAAAGAGGACCAAGCUUGCAGAGUUGGGUAUCGAUUACGAGUUCCCAGGAUACAAGGCCAACAUCCAGGAGAAGCCCAAGCAUACCAAGUUCUAA